ACUAUUUAUAAUUGACAGAAGCACAAACUGACGUGAGAGGAGAAUUUUUUAGUAAAAGAUUUAGAAAUUUCUAUUAAUUUAUCCUCAGUAAUACAAGUUUCAAUUUAAUUCCUCCUUAGUUAAAUUUAUUAAAUGUUUCAGUGUGAUAAAUUUGAUUCUAUAAUUAGAAUACAAGAUAUGAAAAUUGAAUUGAUAAAAAUGAAACAACAGUCAAUCAUUAUGACAAUAGAGUACAAUGAAAAUGAUUGUGAUAGCAAUACUAAUUAUUGGAAAAUGUGAUUUUUAAACAAAAUAUGAACAAUGUUUGUAAGAGAUCCCUGUGGUAUAAUUUGUAUAAUUGUGACGUAUAUUGCCGUAUUUUAUGCCGAUUACGUCGUGGUACGAUGGAUUAUUUUGCAUACGAUGCAAGACAGCCUUUGGGGUCCAUUUCACGUAGUGAUUUUCAAUACACUGAUACUACUGUUAAUGAUGUCACAUUUGAAAGCAGUGUGCAGCGAUCCGGGAGUUGUACCUUUGCCCCAAACUAGAAUGGACUUUUCUGAUAUUCAUACCGCAGGAUCUGGCCUAGAUGAAAGUGAUGAGAGAGAUGAUUGGACUGUGUGCACCAGGUGCGAAACUUAUAGGCCUCCACGUGCUCAUCAUUGUAGAAUUUGUAAAAGAUGCAUUAGAAGAAUGGAUCAUCAUUGUCCAUGGAUAAACAAUUGUGUCGGAGAAAGAAAUCAAAAGUAUUUCAUUCAAUUUUUGGUGUAUGUUGGAAUGUUGGCCGUUUAUGCCAUAACACUUGUGAUUGCUUCUUGGAUAAAUGAUUGCACUCAUUGCAGUAAUGACGUAACUAUAAAACAAAGUCGAAUAUUACAUUGUGUGAUAUUGGUGCUUGAAGCGGCACUCUUUGGAAUGUUUGUUGUAGCUAUUUUAGUUGAUCAAUUUCAAGGGAUUUUGUGUGACGAGACAGCAAUUGAACGAAUUCAAGGACAUCAUCAUCAUAAAACGCCACCGCGAACAUUUACAUUACUCUCGCAAGUUUGUGGUAAAAGCCAUCCUCUAUUGUGGCUUCUACCUUGUCAAAAUCCACCUCGCUAUUCUUAUCGUCGAGAAGAACGUUUGCUAAAUCAUGAUGUUUGAAUAUUUUUCCGAAAAAAAAAGAAAA